AUGGCGGAAGCACACCAGGCUGUGGCCUUCCAGUUCACUGUGACCCCAGAGGGAGUCGACUUCCGGCUCAGUCGAGAGGUGCUGAAACACGUCUAUCUCUCCGUGAUCAGGUCCUGGAAGAAACGCCUGAUCCGCAUCAAGAAUGGCAUCAUCAGGGGUGUGUACCCUGGCAGCCCCACCAGCUGGCUAGUGGUGGUUAUGGCAACAGUGGGUUCCUCCUACUACAACCUGGACAUCUCCAUGGGACUGGUCUAUUAUAUCCAGAGAUGGCUUCCUGAGGGACGUCCCUCCCGGACCCCAUACACCCGGAGACUUUUCAGCAUGGCCAUCUUCUCCACGGGGGUCUGGAUGAUGGGCAUCUUCUUCUUCCGCCAAAGCCUGAAACUGCUUCUUUCCUACCAUGGUUGGAUGUUUGAGAUGCACGGCCAGACCAGCCACUUGACCAGAGUUUGGGCUGUCUGUGUCCGCCUUCUGUCCAGCCGACGGCCCAUGCUCUACAGCUUCCAGACAUCUCUGCCCAAGCUGCCAGUGCCCAGUGUGCCAGCCACAGUUCAUCGGUACCUAGAAUCCGUGGAACACUUGUUGGAUGAUGAGCAAUAUUAUCGAAUGGAGGCGCUGGCCAAGGAGUUCGAGGAGAAGACUGCCCCCAGGCUGCAGAAGUACCUGGUACUCAAGUCCUGGUGGGCAACCAACUAUGUGAGCGACUGGUGGGAAGAGUACGUCUACCUUCGGGGCAGGAACCCCCUCAUGGUCAACAGCAACUACUACGUCAUGGACCUAGUGCUUGUCAAGAACACAGACGUGCAGGCUGCCCGCCUGGGAAAUGUUGUCCAUGCCAUGAUCACGUACCGCCGUAAACUGGACCGUGAAGAGAUCAAGCCUGUGAUGGCGCUGGGCCUCGUGCCCAUGUGCUCCUGGCAGAUGGAGCGGAUGUUCAACACCACUCGCAUCCCGGGGAAGGACACAGACGUGCUCCAGCACCUCCCGGACAGCAGGCACGUGGCUGUCUACCACAAGGGCCGCUUUUUCAAGGUGUGGCUCUACGAGGGCUCCCGCCUGCUCAAGCCUCGGGACCUGGAGAUGCAGUUCCAGAGGAUCCUGGACGACCCCUCCCCACCCCAGCCCGGGGAGGAGAGGCUGGCAGCCCUCACUGCAGGGGGAAGAGUGGAGUGGGCUCAGGCACGCCAGGCCUUCUUCGGCUCUGGCAAGAACAAGGCUGCCCUGGACGCCAUUGAGCGCGCUGCGUUCUUCGUGGCUCUGGAUGAGGAGUCUCACCACUAUGACCCAGAGAACGAGGCCAGCCUCAGCCUUUACGGCAAGGCCCUGCUGCACGGCAACUGCUACAACAGGUGGUUCGACAAGUCCUUCACGCUCAUCUCUUUCAAGAACGGCCAGCUUGGACUCAACACAGAGCACGCGUGGGCAGAUGCCCCUAUCAUAGGGCACCUCUGGGAGUUUGUCCUGGGCACCGACUCCUUCCAUCUGGGCUACACAGAGACGGGGCACUGUCUGGGCAAGCCCAACCCUGUGCUGCCCCCCCCUCAGCGACUCAAGUGGGACAUUCCAGAGCAGUGCCAGGCGGUCAUCGAGAGUUCCUACCAGGUGGCCAAGGCGCUGGCGGAUGACGUGGAGCUGUACUGCUUCCAGUUCCUGCCCUUUGGCAAAGGCCUCAUCAAGAAGUGCCGCACCAGCCCUGACGCCUUCGUGCAGAUCGCCCUGCAGCUGGCGCACUUCCGGGACAGGGGCAAGUUCUGCCUGACCUAUGAAGCCUCAAUGACGAGAAUGUUCCGGGAGGGCCGGACGGAGACUGUGCGUUCCUGCACCCGGGAGUCCACGGCCUUUGUUCAGGCCAUGAUGCAGGGGCACCACCUGAACAAAGACCUCCAACAUCUAUUCCGGAAGGCUGCUGAGAAGCACCAGAAUAUGUACCGCCUGGCCAUGACAGGGGCUGGGAUUGACAGGCACCUCUUCUGCCUUUAUGUGGUCUCCAAGUACUUGGGAGUUGAAUCCCCUUUCCUGGCUGAGGUGCUCUCAGAACCCUGGCGCCUCUCCACUAGCCAGAUCGCUCAAUUCCAGAUCCGCAUGUUCGACCCAAACAAGUACCCCAAACACCUGGGUGCUGGCGGUGGCUUUGGCCCUGUGGCAGAUGACGGCUACGGCGUUUCCUACAUGAUCGCGGGUGAGGACACCAUCUUCUUCCACGUCUCCAGCAAGUUUUCCAGCUCAGAGACGAAUGCCCAGCGCUUUGGGAACCAGAUCCGCCAAGCUCUGCUAGACAUCGCCAAUCUUUUCCAAGUUCCCAAGGCUGAUGGCUAA